GUGGACUGCGUCUCAGGAAAGGUCUUCUUCAGCACAGAGGUGGAGCCGGGCGAGCUGAGGAGACUCAGGGCUGGAGAGCGACUGUUUUUACUGCUUAAGAAACACCCCCCGCUUGUAGUGUCUAGAAAUAAAGGUAAAAUGCUGCAUGAGCUUAAAAGCCUUGUUGUUGAGGAGCCAAAGUAUUGGCUGGAUGUUAUCUCUAUCUGGAAAAACCUUCAUGGGUGUGAGGGAAAAAAAGAUGAUGUCUCUCAAGAAAAUCAGUCGCCUCUGAAGAGAAAAUCAGAAGAAGAGACAACUAUUGUAGCUAAAAGGCAGGAAACAGAACAAAUGAGAGAGACUGUGUCUGAGGAAUGUCAGGUGGAAGCUGGAGAGAGGUGUGUGGUACCAGAGAGAGCAAGUGAUCAGGACUGCCAGACUGAAAGCAAGACUUCCUUAGAAGACCCUUCCAGAAGCAGUGGAGAGAAGCCUACUGUGAAUGAGCAGCUUAGCUUCAGUUUCAGAGUUUCUUGUCGUUGCAGUGGAGCGAUUGCCAAAAUACUUACUUCACAG